UUGUAGGCUUAAUAGGAGUCGUCUUUUCCACUGCUCCGAUUAGAGAAAAAAUGGCGCUCAAGGGAAAGAGGAACAGAAGAAUAGAAACCGGCGACAUGAAAGAAGACCGAAUCAGUGAGUUACCGGAUUGCCUUCUCCACCACAUCUUCUCAUUCGCGGACACAACUGACGCUGUUAAAACUUGUACUUUAUCCAAACGAUGGAGGUACUUAUGGACUUCACUUCCCUUUCUUAAACUCAGUUACAAAAGCUUCUCUAAAAUUAACGUUAAUUUUAUCAAUCAAGUUCUUAUGCGUCGAAAUUCCGUACCCAUCACUAGUUUUUACUUUAGCUCACCUUUUCAAGUUAAAGCUAGUGCGGUCGAGCCUUGGAUAUGUUAUGCGAUUAAUCAUCAGGUUCAACACCUUACAAUUGAACUCAAUUGUCCUGCAUCUCCCGUUGAGUUUCCCAACUGUUUUUAUAGCUGUACUUCAUUAACAACUCUCAAACUGGAUGCCUAUGAUUUUGGCUUAAUGUUGCCUAAAACUUUGGGGUUGUCCUCUUUGAAAAAUUUGCACCUUGUUAGUUUUAGAAUUGAGGAUUUUGAUGGGAGUAUCUUCUCGAGUUGUCCGAAUCUCAAGACUCUAAAACUUGAAGACGUAUGGUUCGAAGGUAUGGAAGGUUUCUGUGUUUGUGCUCUAAAUUUGAAAAGUUUUGAGUUUGUACAACCUGAGGAACCAGAUAUUUAUGGUCCUUGUGAAUUUGUUAUUGUGGCUCCAAAGCUUAGGAAAUUCAAGUUUUAUGGUUAUCCUCCUUUUGUCUGCUCUAGCGAAAAUCUUUCCUCUCUUGACCAACUCGAAAUUGAUCUGCCGAGCAGCGUAGAACUGGAUUGUACCUAUUAUACGGAUGAGCUAAAGCAGGAGCUUGCUCUCGAAGUGCUCCAAAUGCUUGAUGCAUUUCAUAUGGCGAAAUCCAUCACAUUGUCUAUGAAUGUCCUUCAGGUUCUAUCCUACAUUUCGUCUUCACUGAAUCAGCACCCUUCAGAGUUUUUAAAUCUCGAGUAUCUGAAGUUUGAGAGCAGAGAGUCAUCUGGGAAAGUCAAGAUACCCGGCUUUAUCUUAAAUUACUUUCUUAAGAGCUCUCCAUUGCUGGAAAUAUGCUGGUAACAUGGUACGUUCAUAUUAUCCCCCCCAAGUCGGAGAAUGUUAGCAGCAAGACAUGCCUGUAUCUCGACUUUACUUCCGCAAGAGCUUUUCUUCUUUUUGGAAUGCACAAGUGACUAGAAGCUAGGUAGCAAGAACACUUCAUUCAAUUAAUGUUUUCUGUUUCGGAAACGUAUGGACAAUACUUCAUUUUUAACAUAGAAAAUCUUAAAAUAACACCCUGUCGUUGUGUCCA